AUGGAAACUCCGGAUCCGAAAAAACCAAGAAACACAAAUAGGGUCUUUGGUUCGAUUGCGGACAAGAUCGCCAGCACAUCGAACUUGGUGCGUGACAAGACCGGAAAGAUCAAUUCUAAAGUUCACGAGCACUGGCACAAACCGGUCCAUGUGCCUACUAAAACCGUGGACGAAGAGUUCGAAGAUCUUAUUGAGGAAUUGGAUGCAAUCGUGGAGGCGUUCCAGGAGAUCAUCAAGCUACACAAGCACUACAUAUUCAUUUCUACGGAGUUAGUCCAGAGUUCGCAAAGAGUGGCCAACUCUAUCCAGGUUUUAUCUAGCCCAGCCACGCUUGAGCCAUCUCCCAAACUGUCUGGUGGCAGCAAGCCCAGCAUGUGUGAGAAAACGAGAAGCUAUUGUGCCACCAUGGUUGAGAUUGGCAUCUGUCUCCGAGAAUCGCUCAGCUCCAUACCCCAGGAAAUUGAUGAGCGUAUUCAGCGCUUGUUAUCCUACCUGGAAAAAAUCCAAGAACGCGUGGCACUGAGAGACCGAGCCUUGAUGUCAUAUGACAAGGUUUACGACAAAUUCGAUGGCAUGACGAUCCUCAGCACUACAAACGAGUUUACGCCAAAGCAAAAGCAAGAGUACUUUUCAUUAGAAAAGAAACUAGUGGAGUUGAAAAAGGUAUACGAUCAACACAAUUUGCUUUUGAAAGCUGAAUUGCCGUCUUUUUUUAUGUUCGUGAGAAGUUUUAUUGAGCCCAUGAUGCUCUUCAUUUUCUAUAUUCAGUUGACUGCAGCCUAUCAAGCGCAGUCGAACGUUGGCUCCGUGCAACAGGACUUUGAAGAAGGCGGUCUCGACUUGUUAUUACCGGGCGACCGGGAUGUUAAGCGCUUAAGCGCUGCACGGGGAGAUUGUGAUGAUCUACACCAUAAUUCGAAUACUGGUUAUUGUCGGGCUCUUUUUGAUUUUUGCUCCAUUGCAGAUUUAGAUCUCGAGUUCAAGAAGGGUGAUUUAAUCAAGCUUCACAGCUGCGAGGGCGAAUGGUGGACCGGACUGUUGGAUGACAAAGAAGGAAUAUUCCCGAGUGUUUACGUCCAAAGAAUAUAA